AUGGACUCGGACAGUGAAAACGAACGGCCCACGCAUCAGGAGCCCAAGGAGAAGUCGCGACGACCCCCCAACACGGCCUUCCGGCAGCAGCGGCUCAAGGCAUGGCAGCCCAUCUUCACUCCCAAGACGGUGCUGCCCCUGCUCCUGUGUAUCACCGUCAUUUUUGCGCCUCUUGGAGGAGCGCUGAUUUACGGCAGUGACCAGGUCCAGGAGAUCAUCAUCGACUACAGCCACUGCCAUGAACAGGCGUCGACCACAGAGCCUAGAACCAUGGAUGACAAGUACAUCACCACACACUUCAACGCCAAGGACGCCACCUCCAAGGUCCAGUGGCAGCUUCUGGACGGCACCGACGAGCAAAAGUCGCGUCGUUCAUACAACGGAACCUGCAGACUCACGUUUGAUGUGCCCCAUGAUAUGGGUGCCCCCAUUUACAUGUACUACCGACUGACCAACUUCUACCAGAACCAUCGACGAUAUGUGACGUCCUACAAUGAGGACCAGCUGAACGGAAAGAACAAGAGUGCACAUGAUCUCAAAGACAAGAACGAUUGCAAACCCCUGGUUUUAGACCGGGAUGGAAAGCCAUACUACCCCUGUGGACUGAUCGCCAACUCCAUGUUCAACGACACCUUCCAUACUCCUGUGGCUCUUAACCCCUCUGGAAACCAGGGUAACGUGACUUACGACAUGACCACCGAUGGGAUUGCCUGGGGAACCGACAAGAACCGAUUCAAAAAGACUACAUACAACGCCUCCCAGGUGACACCCCCUCCGUUCUGGGUCGAGAAGUUCCCCGACGGAUACACCGAGGAGAACCUGCCCAACAUUGCUGAAUGGCAGGAGUUCCAGAACUGGAUGCGAACUGCUGCCCUGCCCACCUUCUCAAAGCUCGUCAUGCGACAGGAUCACAACACUCUGACAGUCGGAACCUACUCUGUGGAUGUGGACUUGUACUUCCCCGUUCUCCAGUAUGACGGCACCAAGUCGCUUGUGCUGACCACACGAAGUGCCGUGGGAGGCCGAAACCCCUUCCUGGGCAUUGCUUAUGUUGUCGUUGCCGGUAUUUGUGCCGUCGUCGGUCUGCUGUUCCUGGGUAAGCAUCUGGUCAAGCCCCGAAGACUGGGUGACCAUUCUUACCUGAGCUGGAACAACGAGAACUAA